AUUUUAUUAUGUCAUUCUUAGGCAAAUUAGGAUAGAGUUAAAAAUAUAGGAGUAACAAGUAUUCACAAUUUAGGUGAAUUACCAAAAGAUUUUGCUGAAUAGAUUUUAAAAAAUGAUAUUACAUUAAUGACUAGUAAAUAUUAAGAUAGCACAGCAUUAAAUAAUUUAAUUCAAUUGUAUAUGGUAUCAAUAAUCAUAUGAAACAAUCAGAAAGGAGUUGAGUAUUAUGAAUCUAAGAAGGACUAAAAGAGCGAGUAUUUCAAAAGUAAGUUAAAUUGGAUUAUGAGUCAUCCUAUUGUAAUAUCCCCAAAAAAAUAAAUAGAAGAGUAAUCAGAAAAAGAGUAAACUAAGAAAGUUGAUUUCAAAAUUCAUUCUAAUUUUGAUUCGAUUUAGCAUUAUGAAGAUGUAACUUCUUUUGAAGUUCCUUCUGAAAAAGAGGAUUAAUAAAAUAAAAUUAUAAUUCCUAUAUAAAAUAAUGAAGUUAAGCAGAUGAUUGAUAAUUUGAAGAUGGAAACAACCAAGAUUAACUAAGUAUAUGAAUGUAUAAAUAAUAAAUAAAGAUUAUCAAAAAUGAUCUUGAUUCUUAGAAGACAAAGAUUGCUGAUAGAAUACAUAAGAGGAGUAAAAGCUUCGUUAAUAAAAACAAAUAUGUUUAAGAGGAAUGAAGAAUGAUGAUUAUAUUAUUUAUUUAAUUGA